AUGCUUAGAACUAUCGUUAGACAAAGAGUAUGUAAUGACCUCAAUUUUGGAACUUCAAUUCCCGUUGUUGGUAGAGCUUUUCCUUUUUUUUUUUUUUUGAUUCGGAGCUGACUCGACAUUUCGGAGAUUCAUAGAAUGAUCGAUUGAUUCGGGAUAGGUCCCCCCCAUUGGGGUAUCGCUAUGCAUUGUACUAACGUUGCCUCAUCUAGUUGGCUGUUCGUUCCUUGGCAACUUACACAUCCCCAGACUCGGUGUUGCCCAAGAAGUACGGUGGCAGAUACACCGUGACUUUGAUCCCCGGUGACGGCGCCGGUCAUGAAAUCACCGACUCCGUCAAGAAGAUCUUUGAGUCGGAAAACUUGCCCAUUGACUGGGAAGUGGUUGAAGUCAGCGGUGUUGCUGAAGAGGCCGGAUUCCACGGAGUCGACGAGGCCGUUGAGUCGUUAAAGAGAAACAAGGUUGGCUUGAAAGGGAUCUUGUACACCCCAACUGACAAAUCGGGCAAGUCGUUGAAUGUCGCGUUGAGAAAGGAAUUGGACAUUUACGCUUCGUUGGUUUUGAUCAAGAACAUCCCCGGCGUCAAAGGGAUCCUUGAUGGAAUUGACUUUGCCUUGGUUAGAGAAAACACCGAAGGUGAGUACUCUGGGUUGGAGCACCAAUCCUACCCUGGUGUUGUUGAGUCCUUGAAAAUCAUGACCAGAUUCAAGUCUGAGAGAAUCGCCAAGUUUGCCUUUGAUUUUGCUCAAAAGAACAAUAGAAAAUUGGUUACUGCUAUCCACAAGGCCAACAUUAUGAAAUUGGGCGAUGGUUUGUUUAGAACCACCGUUAAGGACGUUGGGCAGGAUUACCCCGGGGUCGAGGUCAACGAUUUGAUUGUUGAUAACGCUUCUAUGCAAGCUGUCUCUAGACCACAGCAAUUCGACGUCUUGGUUACCCCCAACUUGUACGGUUCCAUCUUGUCCAACAUAGGUGCUGCUUUGAUUGGUGGUCCCGGCUUGGUGCCAGGCGCCAAUUUUGGCAGAGAAUACGCCGUUUUCGAGCCCGGUUGUCGUCACGUUGGCUUGGACAUCAAGGGUAAAAACACCGCCAACCCAACGGCCAUGAUCUUGUCCGCGGCUAUGAUGUUGAGACACUUGGGUUUGAAUGACUCCGCCGACAAGAUCUCGAAAGCCACCUAUGACGUUAUCGAAGAGGGCAAGGUGAGAACAAGAGACAUUGGUGGAAACUCUUCCACUACCGAAUUCACCGACGCCAUCAUUGAAAAAUUGGCAUAA